CUCUUUUGAAAUCCCUUGUAUAUAAAGGGAAUACAGUAUCAGUGGCCGAGUGUCAAACCAUAUUUUACAAAAUGGAGAAGCAAAAGCUAUUAUUUCUUGCUGCUUGCUUGCUUAUUAUAAAGGCCACCGAAAUUUAUGGGCAAAGCAUCGCCGCGUCGUCCUCCGAAGCUGUUGCCAUCAGUGCAUCAGGCUCCGGUUCCGGAGGUUGUGGCCAAAUCGUAAUCCCAGCCGUCAUCAAGCCCGUAAUCCAACCUGCACCGACACCUUACAUCGCUGACUGUAGCGGCAGCGGCAUCGGAAGUUAUGGCUACGGGAGUGGAUGCUACGGGAGCGGAGGCUACGGCACCAUGCCACCCACAAUAAUCGUAGAAGAGGACAGCAAUGACAACUAUCAAAAUCUACUAUACUUGCUGUUAUUUGCAUCCAGAGGAUUUGGUAACGGUUGUAACAACGGUUGUGGGAAUAAUGGAUGUGGUAGCGGCGGUUACAAUGGUUGCAAUAACGGCGGAGGCUACAACUGCAACAGUGGAUGCAAUGGCGGAUGCAAUGGCGGAUACAAUGGUGGAUGCAAUAGUGGAUGCAAUGGCGGAUGCAACGGCGGUUGUAACGGCGGAUCUUACAACUAUGGAUCCUGCGGAUGCGGAUACUGUGACGACGGAUUAAAUUGCGGAUCUACUCCUGAAAUAAACAUCGUCGUACGAACAGCUAAUGAUUCCACCUCUUAUAGCUGUUAAGUUUAAGUUUAUUUAUUUUAUUAAAACAGUGAAAAAUAUUGAUUCUUUAAAUUGAUU